GCGCCACGGCAGGGCAACUCAGCAUCUCACACACACACACACACACACACACACACACACACACACACACACACACACACACACACACACAUGCACACGCACACACACUCCUGAGGAUGCAAUGAGAGGAGACAAGAGGGAGGCAUGAGCCGGACCUUCUAUUUUUUCUCCCUUUCCCUCCUACUUCCAGCGUUCAUGAGGGACAAGGGAGAGAAAUGUGAGCUUUCUAUUAGGAGGUGGAGAGACAGAGCGAGAGAAGGGUGAGGGGGGGGGGAUGGAGGGAGGAAGAAUGGGAGGAGGAAGCGGGAGAGUUAGAAAGAGGUGCACCGACACGAUGCGCAGACACAGACACGAGAAGAGGCGCAAGGGAAGGAGAAAUGAAGAAAGUAGGCAGAUGUGGACACAGAUAGAGAGAUAGUCGUAGCGAGAGACUUCUUCUCAUCAGCCGCCAGCGAGGGACGCAUCAUGAAGUCUCAGCAGAAGUGCAUCGUGGUCUUUGCCCUGCUGUGCUGCUUCGCUGUGCUCGUGGCGCUCAUCUUCUCGGCCGUGGACAUUUGGGGCGAGGACGAGGACGGCAUCACCGAGGACAACUGCAGCCGGGACUGCAGAGCCGUCGUGGUGGAGAACAUCCCGGAAGACGUCUCCUUCUCCAACAGCAGCGCGUCCCACCUCCCGCUCUCGGAGGGGCUUCUCGGCCUCCUGGAUCGGGCCGUCCGCGUGGUGGAGAUCGUUUCGCCCGCGUGGCUCCUCAACUCCUCCCAAUACGAGUCCGGCUUCCAGCCCGCGGCCAGACAGGGCGGACUUCUGCUGUCCAGGCUGCAGGCGCUCAAGUCCCAGAAAAUCCAGCUCAAGGUCUCAAGCGGGAUGGUGGACUCGGCGGAGCUCAAGACGCUGGCCGCACACGGCGCCGAGGUGCACUACGUGAACACGACGGCGCUGACCAAAGGUCGCCUCCACUCGUCCUUCUGGGUGGUGGACAGGAGACACGUCUACGUGGGCAGCGGCGGCAUGGACUGGAGAUCCUUGGCCACGAGGAAGGAGCUGGGUGUGUUGGUGUACAACUGCAGCUGUCUGGCUCUGGACCUCCACAGGGUGUUCAACGUCUACUGGGGGCUCCAGUACAAGGACUUCAUCCCCUCCUUCUGGUCCAAACGCCUCUUUGCCAUCUUCAACAAGGACUCGCCUCUGGAGCUCGCCCUCAACGGCACCAAGGCCCGAGCAUAUGUCUCCACCUCCCCGGAUGUUUUCAUCCCCAAAGACCGAAGCAGUGACUUGGAAGCCAUUUCCUGGGUCAUCAAGGACGCCCGUCAUUUCGUGUACAUCUCCGUCACAGACUACUUGCCCCUGCUCAACAGCGGCGCUUACAGGUACUGGUCUCGUAUCGACGGCUUGCUCCGGGAGGCUCUGAUCCUGAGGAGGGUGCGCGUGCGUCUGCUGAUAAGCUGCUGGGAAAACACCCAUCCGCUGACGUUCAACUUCGUCUGGUCUCUGAGGAGUCUGUGCGUGGAGCAAGCCGACUGCUCGCUGGAAGCCAAGUUCUUCAACCCCAGAGUGCAGAGGGACGGCAGUCUGCGGGGGAUCAACCACAACAGGUUCAUGGUGACGGACAGAGCCAUUUAUUUAGGCAAUCUGGACUGGGUGGGCAACGAGUUCACCCACAACGCGGGCGUCGGCCUGGUCAUCGCUCGGCCCGAGGGCGCCGACGAGGAGAAGAACUCCGCCGUGGUGGAUCAGCUGCGGGCCGCCUUCGAAAGGGACUGGUUUUCCGGCUACGCCCGCUCCCUCCAGCCCAACAAGAUCCCCGUCUGCAGCAAGCGGCAGAUGGACCGAGAGGGAGCGGCCAAAGGCGGCCGGCCGAACGGCGGCCCGCCGCCGCCCGUCGGGACCGCGAGAAACGAGCCCCGAGACGGCAAAGACAAGCGCCGCGACGCGGUCCGGAGGGAGACGGACACGCCCAUGGCCGUUGGAAACCGGAGAGUCACUCGCCUUCAGCGUUUACGGGCGCGGAUCAAAAGGACUGCGCCGGAGCGCCCGAAGGAAGCCGGCAAUCCGUCGCCCGGGAGUGGGCGGGGCUCCGACGGAUGCCUGUAAACGGCGGCAAUCCAAAGCGCGGCUUCUGCUGGAAUCAGAAUGGGGCGCUUUUGGCUAACACCUUGCGGUGAAGCGCCAGCUUGUUUUUAGAGAAGGUUGAGAGACGGAGACCAAGUCAGGACGGACUUUCCGCGUUGCUCUCGUGCCGCUUCGGGUCAGCUCGCCUGAAGAUUUCGAGCGAGCGGCGCGCCGGACGGGUGCGUCUGCAUCACCGUUCUGACUUCAUCUCCAGCCUUCCGAUGAGGAGUCGCGCGUUCCGCCCGUACUCCAUUUUGUCCGGCCUCCUCCAAAAACGUGCAUGUUCGCUUCACCGAUGACUCUGAAUCGGGGGUGUUUUCCUUGUGGGUCAAGGGUCGCCCCGAGGGGGCUGGUUAUAAUG